AUGUCUGCAGUCUUUGCUUUUCCAUUGCCAAAUGGCAAGAGAGAUAAGCAACGGCCCAGACGCUCCAAAGGCUGCUUGACCUGCAGGAGACGCAAGGUGAAGUGUGACGAGCAACGGCCGAUAUGUGAGCGAUGCCACAAAGGGUUUCAUCCUUGCGAGUAUGGCGAAAGCUUUAUUUUUGUCAACGAGCCGAAAACUUUUACACACGAGGCUCAACCUCCCGGGAAAUCCAGUACCCUCGCUAUCUCCAAGACAGUAACGGUUAACAUCAACUCCGACCAUGUUCCGCCAAGUCUCGACUUGCAUGGCUUCCAAAACGAGAUCGUGAUAUCGUUCUUAGUCAAGCAACUAUUUGUCGAGGUUCAGUCACCGCCAGACGACAAACACUCUAUCUCGACACUGCUUUUAUGGAACCGGGACUCAACGGCGUACUUAUCAGGGUUGUGUUUAGCAGAAGCUUUCUUCUCCAGUAUUCAUCGCCUGUCCGAACUGAAGAGCCACGCCUCAGUACUCUACGGUCAAGCAGUGCAGAGGCUGAAGGUUGAGCUGGUGGCUAAAGCCAAUGCGCAAAUAUCGCCUCCCCGUGUGACGAUAUGGAGCGCAUUAUUUCUUGGCGUAUACGAGAUGAUUUCUUCGGACUCAAUGUCGAACUGGCUCAAGCAUUGCCAUGGCGUUGCUGCGAUUACACAUAUGAUAGGCCCUCACGGCUUCGAGAUAAAUGAGGCGAAGCCUAUCUUUCAGAUCAAUAGAUCCUUCAUUUCGAUUGGAGCUAUUGCUGAUCGCAAACGCACGUUCCUGGAGCAAAAUGCCUGGAAACAAAUACCUUGGUCCUUGGAGCCCAUGUCCAAGACCAUCGCUGAAAGCUUGCAGGACAUCCUAUGCGAUGUUCCAGGAUUGAUGGAAGAUGUCGAUGUGCUUUUGAACUUACAACAAUGUGGAAUGCCAGUGCAUCAGAUUGCCUCCAAAUUGCAAUCUUGUUUCGAAGAGCUAGACGUGCUGCGCAUCUCAUGGAACUACAUCCAUGCGGAUUCAUGCUGGGAAGUUACGAGUAUCUCGAUAUCAUGCACCGAGGUAUUCGAAGAUCGCGACCCUCAUUUUGAAACGAUGCUAGUGUUCUCUAGCCUCGAACGGGCCAUCGAGUUUGUGUACUUUAACACAUCAUAUCUACUGCUUCAUUCGAUGUUGCGCCAACUGCGAUCCGCAAAGGAUCCAGAUGCGUUGAGCCUGGACCUGGUCUCAUUUCCAGACGACAUAGGCUGUGGCAAAUACACCCUCACAUUCAGGAGUCACGAUGAUCGCCAUGAGAAUGCUUUGGCGAUAUGCAGAUGCGUUGGCUACAUGAUCAACAGCAACCGCGGAGCAUCGGGAGCAUUCAACUUAUUAUUUCCUCUUAAGGUGGCUUAUAACCACUUGGCCCAAUUCCCAAACACUCAGAAAUGGAUCGCGGAUAUCAUGGAAAGAAUUUCAUCCACGAAAGGGUUGUUCAUAGGUACCCAAAUACUUAGUCACUAUUGA